AUGUCCGACCAACCCACCAUCCGACUGGCAACGCCUGAAGAUGUCCCCAUCAUCCUGCAAUUCAUCCGGGAGCUCGCCGACUACGAGAAAGCCCUCCACGAGGUCGAAGCCACCGAAGAAUCCCUCCUCGAGACGCUCUCCUUCCCUGACACUCCCCCCAAACGCGGUGCCGUCUACACGGCGCUGAUCACCCCGCCGGCCAGUGUCGAUAACCCCGCGCCCAAACCCGUGGGCAUGGCGCUCUUCUUCUACAACUACUCGACCUGGCGGUCCGCCCCGGGAAUCUACCUGGAGGAUCUGUACGUGCAGCCGAGCGCGCGGGGCAGCGGCUACGGGUUCAAGCUGCUCAAGUACCUGGCGGCCAAGGUGCUGGAGGUGAAGGGGCGGCGGUUGGAGUGGAGCGUGCUGAAGUGGAACGAGCCCAGCAUCAAGUUCUACGAGCAGGUCGGCGCGAAGGCCAUGGAGGAAUGGAUGAAGAUGAUGGUGGAGGGACCGGCGUUGAAUAAGUUGGCGGAGGGGGUGUAG